UGAAUUUAUAAGAUAAAUGUAUCGAUGCCAAUUGAGAACAGUGUGAGUUUUGAAGCAAACAUAAUGAUUUCAGUACAACUAGUAGCUUAGCUUUAAUGCUCACUUUUCACAAUCACCUCUCACUACAUUAUUACAUGUGACUCUCGCUUUACUAUUACUUACCACUGCCAACCAUUCAUUCACAUAUCAGUCUUUGCUAUUCAUUCACAUACUUGAUCUUCAUUUCCUUCAAACUUUUGCUAAUACAACAUGGCUGCAAUAGGAACUGCUUUCCUCUCUGCAUCUAUUCAAACCUUAAUUCAAACCUUAGCUGACAAACUUGUUUCCAAAGAGUUUCUUGAUUACAUAAAAAGCACCAAGCUCGAUGUCUCACUCUUGAAACAGUUAAGGCUAACACUACUCACUCUUCAACCUGUGCUUGACGCUGCCGAGGAGAAGCAGAUCAACACUCCUUCUGUCAAAGACUGGCUUGAUGGCUUGAAAGAUGCUAUCUACGAUGCUGAAGAUCUGCUCAACCAGAUUAGCUAUGAUUCCCUUCGAUGCAAGAUGGAGAACAAGCAACCUGCAAGCAAAACUAAUCAGGUGUGGAACAUCCUUUCUUCUCCUUUUAAAAAUAUCUAUGGAGAGAUCAAUUCCCAAAUGAAAGAUAUGUGUGAAACCCUCAAACUUUUUGCUGAUAAUAAAGAUAUACUCAGUUUGCAAACUAAAAGUGUCAGAGUUUCUCAUAGAACACCUUCAAAUCCUAUGUUCGACGAGUCUGUCAUGGUUGGUAGGAAAGAUGACCAAAAGAAAGUAAUCAACAUGUUGCUAUCAGAAAGCAAUACUAAUAUGGGGGUAGUUGCAUUUGUAGGCAUGGGAGGUAUUGGAAAAACAACACUUGCACAACGUGCUUACAAUGAUGAAAAAGUUCAAAAGCACUUUGAUAUCACAGCAUGGGCAUGUGUAUCCGAGGAUUUCGAUAUCCUUAGAGUAACCAAAACUCUCCUUGAAUCUGUCACUAAAACACCAUCACAAACCGACAAUCUUGAUUUACUUCGAGUUGACUUAAAGAAAAAUUUAAAAGACAGGAGAUUUUUGAUUGUGUUAGAUGACUUAUGGAAUGACACUCAUCAUGAUUGGGAAGAUCUUGUAUCGCCGUUGAUUUAUGGAAAAAAUGGAAGUAGAGUGAUCAUCACAACACGCCACAAAAAAGUGGCCGAUGCUGCACGCACAUUUCCUAUUUUUGAAUUAGAUCCUCUAUCAGAUGAAGACAGUUGGUCUUUACUCUCCAAACAUGCAUUUGGAAGUGGAGACUUUUCUGAAGCUCAACAGCGAAACGUAGAAGCAAUUGGAAGGAACAUUGCAAGAAAGUGUGGUGGAUUGCCAAUUGCUUCGAAAUCACUUGGAGGACUGUUGCGUUCAAAAGUAGAUACUGAAGAGUGGAUUGAAGUUCUGAACAACGACAUAUGGAACUUAAAGGAUAAUAAUAUUCUGCCUGCAUUGCACCUGAGUUAUCAAUAUCUUCCCUCUCAAUUGAAAAGAUGUUUUUCCUAUUGUUCUAUUUUCCCAAAGGACUAUCCACUUGAUAGGAAGCAAUUGGUUUUGUUGUGGAUGGCAGAAGGCUUCCUUGAUAAUUCCCAAGUCGACAAAACCAUGGAAGAAGUAGGUGAUGGGUGUUUUACUGAAUUGUUAUCCAGAUCAUUGAUACAACAAUUGCAUGAUGAUUCUAGAGGACAGAAAUUUGUCUUGCAUGACCUUGUUAAUGAUUUAGCUACGGUCGUAUCUAAAAAAAGUUGUUACAGACUUGAAUUUGGCGCCAAGAGCUAUGAAAAUGUUCGCCACUUGUCAUAUAAUAAAGAAAGAUAUGACAUUUUCAAGAAGUUUAAGACUUUUGACAAAUUCCAACGCUUGAGAAGCUUCCUUGCCAUUCACUUGGGAUGGCGACAAUCUAGUUUAUCAAGAAAGGUGGUCGAAGAUUUGCUACCCACAUUUGGAAGGUUGCGGGUGUUAUUGUUAUCAAGAUAUAAAAACAUCACCACGCUACCCGUUACAAUUGGCAAUUUAGUGCAGUUGCGCUAUCUAGAUCUUUCUUUCACGAAUAUCGCAAGCUUGCCUGACACCAUAUGUAACCUCUACUACUUGCAAACGUUGAUUUUAUCUUGCUGCUCAGAACUCACAGAAUUGCCUGAACAUGUUGGAAAAUUAAUUAAUUUGCGUCAUCUUUAUAUUGAUUAUACAAGCAUAAUAGAGAUGCCGAAGCAAAUUGCUGAACUAGAAAACCUUCAAACUCUAACUGUUUUUGUAGUAGGCAAGAAAAAUAUUGGUUUAAGUGUUAGAGAGCUUGGGAAGUUUCCUAAGCUACGGGGAAAAUUACUCAUCAAGAACCUGCAAAAUGUCAAUGAUGUCGUGGAGGUAAGUGAUGCCAACUUGAAGAGCAAAGAACAUAUUAAGGAAUUGACGCUGCAGUGGGGCAAGGAAACUGAUGACACACUUAAUGAAAAAAAUGUGCUUGAUAUGUUAGAACCAUCUACAAACCUAAAGAAACUGAGGAUUAUGUCAUAUGGUGGGACAAGUUUUCCAAGUUGGUUUGGAGAUCCUUCGUUUUCUAACAUGGUGUACCUCAGCAUUGGUAAUUGUGCGAAUUGCAUGACACUUCCACCACUAGGGCAGCUACAUUCUCUUAAGGACUUGCAAAUUGGUAGCUUGACAAUUUUGGAGACAAUUGGGCAGCAGUUCUAUGGCAUGGCAGCAGGAGGUUCACAUUCUUCGUUCCAACCAUUUCAAUCCCUUGAGAAUUUGGAAUUUUCAUGCAUGGGAAAUUGGAAGGAAUGGUGUCCUUUUCCAGACAACAUGUUUCCUUUUCCUCGUCUGAAAACUCUGAGGUUAUCAAGGUGUCCCAAAUUGAAAGGAUAUUUACCUAGUAAUCUUCCUUCCUUAGAAGAGAUUGAAAUAUAUGAUUGUGAUCAUCUCUUGGCAACACCACCUACUCAACAUUGGCUCUCCUCAGUAAAAAAGAUUCGUAUUGUGGUAGAUUCAGAUUCAAUAAGCAAUACUGAAAGGACCCAAUACUCAUUGCUCGAGAGUGAUUCUCCAUGUCUUCUGCGAGACAUAAUCAUAUCGAGCCGUCAUAUGCUAAAAUCUGUACCUAAAAUGAUUAUAAACAGCCCCUCUCUUCGAAACUUGACUCUCAAAGGUAUUAGUUCUCUUACUGCGAUUCCAACAAAUGGUUUACCCACUUCUUUGCAAUCACUUCGUAUUGAAAAAUGUGAGAAUUUGACAUUCCUUCCUCCUGAAAUGUGGAGCAAUUACACAUCCCUUGUGACUCUUACAUUAGGCUACUGCAAAGCACUUACCUCCGUCCCAUUGAAUUGUUUUCCUAUGCUCCAAAAAUUUUCCAUCUAUGAUUGCAACAAUUUGGAGUCUAUUUUUAUUUCAGAAACUUUGCCAUGUAGCUCGUCAGCCCUCCAAUCUUUUUAUGUCCGUGAUUGCAAGGCACUUAGAUCACUACCUCAAGGAAUGAACACCCUCACCGCUCUUGAAGAUCUAUAUCUCCGCAGUCUUCCAAAUUUGAAUUUAUCAUUAUGUGAAGGAGUUUUCCUACCUCCCAAUUUACAAUCAAUUGAGGUAGAUUCUGUGAGGAUAACAAAGCCAGUAACAGAGUGGGGUCUCCAAGGCCUUACUGCUCUUUCAUCAAUGACGAUCGAAGGUGAUGAUAUUGUGAACAUGUUGCUCAAGGAGCAGUUGUUGCCCAUUUCCCUUGUUUCUAUAAGAAUUGAUGGUCUCUCUGAAAUGAAAUUCUUAGAAGGAAAUGGACUUCGACACCUCUCCUCUCUAGAAGGGAUUGGGUUUUCUGAAUAUUCAGGGCUCGUGUCAUUUCCAGAAAAAGCCUUUCCCUCCUCGCUGAAAAAACUUUAUUUCGGGAAUUGUCCAAGACUAGAGUCAUUUCCAGAAAAAGCCUUUCCCUCCUCGCUGAAAACACUUGAGUUCAGAAAUUGUCCAAGAAUAGAGUCAUUUCCAGAAAAAGUCUUUCCCUCCUCGCUGAAAACACUUGAGUUCAGCGAUUGUCCAAGACUAGAGUCAUUGCCAGAAGACAGCCUCCCUACCUUUCUUGAGGAUCUGACCAUCAGAAGCUGCCCUUUGUUAGAAGAAAGGUAUAAACAGAACGAACAUUUGUCCAAAAUUGCUCACAUCCCAGUCAUAAAAAUAAAUGACCAACUCAUAAUAUGAGUCAUGGCCAUUGAGAAGCCAAGAAAAUGAAGAAUUUCAAUCAUGUUUCAGGUAAUUUGGUAAUUCAAUCGGGCGUGUUUGUUCUUGUGGCUGACAUAGAUUGCUAGAAGACUAAGAUGAAAAGGAGAGUUGAAUUUGGCUGCUUGAGAAGGUUUUUUCUGCAAUUCUUUGGCUGCAUUAGGUCUUACUUCAUCCUCGGCAAUAAGGCUUCCUUGAAUUGCUUUCAAAUGUUUUCUAGCCAAACUCAAACUCAAACCAUGAGCUAGAGAAAGAUGGUCUUCAACGGAAUCAAGUUUCCAUUGACUCAUUGGAAUUGGAUAACCACUGUCCACUAAAAGUUUUGUUGAUGAAGGGCAAGAGACCAAAACAGCUUUGAAACCAUGGCAAAGACAAAGUUUCUGACUCUGACUCAGGUUCCUAUUCCAGUGCUAAUUGAUCAAUGAGUUUAGAAACAUGAGAGUGAAAAGCAUGAAGUGAUGUUGAUUUGGUUGAGGGUGACACUUGUGGUGAUUCUUCUUCUUGAUCAAGAGUUUUGUAAAUUUGUCCACAACCAUUGAUAAUUUUAUGUUAGAACAGAAAGAUGCUAUAAAGGUUUGUUUAUUGAAGGAUGUGUGUAUGAGUUGGUUGUAGAUUAAGGUUGUGUGUGUGGUUGGUUGACUUAUAUUUAAAACAUGAUUGAAAUUUGGCUGUGAUCAAA